UCUUUUCCUCCGGUGGAGGGUGCUAUUUGGUGUGUCCAAAGGGAGGGGGGCUCGGCCACGUGCUUCUCCACUUUCCGCCUCCAUUUCUUGGCGGGGGCCGGGUGCUCGGUCCCGGCCCCCGUUAUGUACGGAGGCAGAACAAAAGGACCCUGGUUCCCCCGGCGUCAUGUCUUCGGUGCCGGCGGCUCCCCAUCCGCCGGUUCUAUCCUCAUUCGCCGGGACAGCGUCCUCUUUGCGGAGCUGAGAGAGGGGGCCUUGAUCGCCGCCACCACUGGACCUGGAAUCACCGAAUCACUCCUUCCCCCCUUGGUCCUACUUAUUUAAUAAAGUCCACUCCCUGAGAACGGUCUGGGUCUGGCCUCAGUUCCUCGUUCCUUUCGAGGGGGGGAGGGGGAGGGGCGUGUUUGCCACUCUGCUCCGGGCUCCGAAUUGGCCGCUGGCCGUGGUCCCGAGCCCUCCCCUACACCUGCCGGUAUUGCAUCCUUCUUCCGGGACUGACCCUGGCGACUUUCCCAAUGGCCUUGCCGCGCAGACUUCUCCAUGAAGUGACCAGGGCGAAGUGCUCCUGGGCCGGCUCCCUGGCUGAUCCCAACCUCUGGGACCGGCUGCACGCCCAGGCGCUGCCCGGAAGUCCCCCUAACUUCGACUGGUUUUUUGGCUACGAAGAGGUUCAGGGGCUUCUCCUGCCGCUGCUGCAGAAAGGGGUUCCCCAGGGGCCAGCAGCGCCCCCUCUCAGGGUUCUGGAUGUGGGCUGUGGGACCUCGGAUUUGUGCCCGGGCCUCUACACCAAAUGCCCCCUGCCCUUGAACGUGCUGGGGGUGGACUUUUCUCCCGUGGCUGUCUCCCGCAUGAAGUACUUGCUGGAAGGCCACGGAGACUACCCUGGACUGCACCCCAGGCACCCUGCUUCCUGUCUGCGUUUCCUGCAGGCUGAUGCUCGGAACCUGGGCGCUCUCUGUCCUUCUGGGUCCUUCCAACUGGUGCUAGACAAGGGCACCUGGGAUGCCGUGGCCAGGGGUGGCCAAGCUGGGGCACAGCAGAUGCUGUCAGAGUGUCUUCGGGUGCUGGCCCCCCAGGGCACCCUCGUGCAGUUCUCAGACGAGGACCCUGAUGUUCGCUUGCCCUGCUUGGAGCAAGGAGCUGGCAGCAGAUCGGUGACAGCACAUGAGCUGGGGCCCUUCCGGGGAAUCAGCUAUUUUGCUUACUUGGUCCAGGCAGCUCAAUAAAAACCAAUCUUCCCCAUUU